CUGUACCACUAGGCACUGCUACUAGUAACUACCCGGAGUAAAGACAGUCUGGACUAGUGGAAUCAGUGAGGAUACAGUUCUUCUAGAGGAAAAAUGCACCGGAGUUGCUGUAAUGCACAGGUACACAAGAGACUCUUCAGUACUUGACAAGCACGGUGAGACAACGUUCGUCGAUCUCCAUCUCCAUGACAUGUGCAGUGGAGUCUGCUUCGCACUGCCACUCUUUCUUGGACUGUUGAGUGUUGGAGACUGCUUGCUGGCCGUAUCGCCGAGUCGAUCUGUAGAGUCUAGGCAUGGCCCUAUCGCCUACUGCCAGUACUGGGCCGUGUGCCGGAUAAAACUUAAAAGUGUCAGCUACGGCUACUGACUGUGGUCUGUCCUACUCGUAGAUCGUCCGCGUAGCUAGCUGCCGGUGACCGGUGACCCAUGUAGAUCUACCAGCGCUGUGUAUAGCGCUUUGUCGACAUGUCGCCCACCAAACUCUCUGGAUCUCCACAACAUGUGACAAAUGUAACGAGCUGAUAACCACUAUACUAUCGUACACCAACACGUGACUAACAGACGUUUUUCUGGCAUGGAUUGUUUAUCCCCUCAUUUCCUGUGUGCGAGCUUUGAGGCGCGCUAUGCAAUAAUGCAGAUUGCCAUGAUUCAUUGUGUAUGCUGAUGAUGCUAGCAUGCUAGGCCCACGUCACGUCAUCACGCGUCAGUACGUGUGUCCAGCAUGGCAAGUCUUCGCGACGAGAAAGAAGCAGCUGUAGCUAGAUACGCUUCCUCACCUAGGAUGUGAGGCGACAGAUUGUUAGCACCUGCUGCCAUGCUGUGCCAGGCCACUCCGAUCCGUUCAUUCUUGCUCAACCUUUCAUGUUAGUUGCUGGUAGCUUCUUUCUCCCCGUUUUGGCGCUGUGUUCUCCUUUUCUGGCCGUGUCAUCUGGCACACGUAGCAGUGAACCAUGUCUUGCUUUUUUAGAUACCAUCGCUGCUGCUACUGCUGCUGCAUUUGGUCGUACAAUAUCGAGUAUUAAAAUUAUAGUCCAGAGUUGACUGUUAGCGUCACGGAAUAAAAUUAUUUGACCAAAGGAGAAUGAUGCUUGUGUUGCGGCCAGAAAUACUGUCCUGAAUUCCUGAUGGCGAGGAAGGUAUGGAGCGGUCCUCUCCUCAACAAGGACAAGUACCUUGCAGAAGUCUCCCUCUCCACGUUUUGUGACGAGGAUUUACCAUGUCCAAUUGGAAGCACGAUCAACAUCAGGUCCAAGACCACGUUUGUCAGACUGAGGUUGUUACUUCAGCAGAUUCCGGUUUUUACUUGUGGCAACCCAAAGAAGGCUCGUACUCAAUCGGUGUGCCAUGGCUCAAGCUGCUACUUCUACUGUGAAAUACGGCCCGAGCAAGAUGAACAGCAGAACUGUAGGAAGUUGACAGAGUUCUUUUUUGCCAACCAAUGGGCUGGUGUAGUCACACUAUCUGCAAAACAUCGUCUCUACCUAAUCCCUACUUCCAGCUUCAGUCGUGACAUUGGGCUGAGUGAUAUGUCUGUGAGCGCACGUCUUCACGGUCUGCUCAUCUGGCCAAGCGAGUCGAGUAUCUGCUCUUCUCCUGCCGCCGUCCAACAGCCUGUUCCAGUGCAAUCUGUUGAUGCAACUAGUGGUGCUGCAGUUGUGACUGCUUCUGCAGCUGUGACUGCUUCUGCUGCUGUGACUGCUGCUGCUGCUGUGACUGCUGCUGAGCCAGCUCCCGUCGCACAACCACCAGGUGAAUCGUCGGCGUCAGGUGCUAGGCGAAGCUAUGCUAGCCAUCCGUCCAUCCGAAUCAAGAGAAAGUCUGGCUCUAGCGAUGGCAGCCAUACUCGACUGUCCAGUGAAAGUCAGCCGGAGGAAGCUGCUCGUUCGUGGCCGUCCGCGGACAAAUUGGACGAUGUAUCGCACGGAGAGCGGCCACGUCUACCCAUGCUAGCUAUUCCACCAGCUGCUAAACGCAAAUGUCCCCUGAUGGUAAGCAAGCCAUUGCAGGAAUCCAAACCAUUGAGCCUGAGCACAGGAACUGGCAGGGAGCUGCUGACCUCGUCGACUUCCCAAUCCAUUGCUUCUCAUGGAGAGGCGACGAGAAACAGUCAGAUCUCUGCUGUUUUCACUCGGCCGCCGUCUGCAGUUGUGGCCCACCAACAUCCUACCAAAGAUCCUAGGUUAAGAGCAGCAGAGAGCACAGCAUCAGUUGAAGGAGGCAAUGGUAGCAGAACAUCUGCUAUGUCACCUGAUCAGUGCUCUGUCGAUCGAUUGCAACACUCCACUCCUGCGCCUGGAUCAGGCCAGCAGCAGCAGCAGCAACAGCAAAAGCAUCAGCGCCACUCAGGACGUCGACAUAGGCAUGCGCUCCAAGCCGACAUGGUAUCAUGUGUGUCAGGCACACCGAUGCAGCAGACAGGAGGUAGUGGGCCGCUGUCAUCCAGUGCGGUAUCCUCAGCGACAAGCACAGCGUCAAUAGCACUGCCAGUGGCUGCACCUCCGCCAGUGUCUGAAGCGUCGUCAUCCGGUGCACCCAGAUCUGCCAAUGUCGCAUUCAAGCAUGUCAGCCAAUCGAAUCAAAGUAACCCAGCCCCUGCUCAUGCUGCAGCAGGAACCAACAGAGUAGAGAGCAAACACAGGCGAUCGAAAGCAGAAGUGCGUGAAGCUACUAGCAGCCGGACAAUGCUGGACGAGUUCAAUGGUGAUGCAUUGUCUGCAUUGAUGAGAGUCGCCAGUAGAAACCCAUUUCUACCUUUACUUUUGGGAGGUCUAAAUCAGAAACAAAUGGAUGAGAUGAUGUCGAGUGCCACUAGUUCACUCAAAGCCUUUCCAGCUGGGACAAGCAUGGACAUCAUGCUAGAUAAGCUUCAGCAAACCGUUACCACGCACAUGUACUCAUUCAAGGUAUCAUCACAGAGUGGUGCCGGUGGUGGUGCUGGUGGAGGUUCUGCCAGUUCUGGCGGCUGUAGUAGCAGUAAUGGCAGCAACACCAGCGGGAAGCACAAUCAUGUAAUGCCACAGGCACCCCCUCCACCGCCGCCGCCGCCUCCACCUCCAAAGGUCCCACCACCUCCUUCAAUGCCUCCGCCACCGCCACCACCUCUACCACCGUUUCCACCACCACCAUCAAGACAGCCACCUCCCCCUGAGCUAUCUCCAAAGUCUACUGGCAGCUGCUCAUCAAUGCAGUCUCUGCAGUCUUGCGCCUCCAGUUUCAGUCUCCCGCCGUCCUCGAGCUCCGAGAAUGUUCCUAGUGGCCCUAACUCUGAUGCUGGCAGCUCAAGGAGAACCAAAGAAGUGAACCACUGCAGGCGCAGAUCUCCGCUGAAUAGCUUAAAGCAUCCGGUAACUGCACCAGUUCUCAGCAAAGGUAACGGCGGCGCAUCGUCUCGUUACCCACCGUCGACCGGCAGAGACAGUACGAGCGAGUGGGCACAUGAAUUCCAGUUUCCUGACGUUCCAUCAGCGGCUUCAACGCCAUCUUCAUGUUCCUAUGCUGGUCACGAUCCUGGCAGUGAUGGUCAGACCGCUGCUACCAGACUAUCACCAAGCCCACAUGUGCCAUCAUCAUCAUCGACAAUGCCUUCUAGGUGUAGAAGUGAAGGCAGCGGCAACAGUGUCCGACCCAACCAGGCCGACUCAAAGGCAGUGAUCUGCAGACUUGGCAAGUUGUCCCACCGCCUCAUCUCCGCUGAUGCCACCGCUGGCUCGCUGACCUGCAACGAAGCAACUCCAUUGGAGAGAACGAGUAGCACUAGACACAGUUCAAGCAGCACGGUGGAUGCCAGGUGUGCAAGUUCACCGACUAUCAGUAGCUCAUCGGGGGGCUUGUCUGUUGUUGGCCGCCUCUCCAACCGUCUCAACUCUCAGGUGCAGCAGGCUUUUACCAAGGAUACUGGUCCUGCAUCAGCUGUUGCUGCUGCUGCUACUGCUAUCGGAGCUGGACAAAUUGGCCGGGACAAUGAGAUGAAUGCAAUGGAUGCUGCAAUGCCUGUGCAUGAUGCUGCAAUGCAUGUGCAUGAUGCUGCAAUGCUGGUGCAUGAUGCUGCAAUGCUGGUGCAUGAUCCUGCAAUGCCUGUGCGUGAUGCUUCAAUGCCUGCGCAUGAUGCUGCUGCCGGUGCCUCUACUCCUACCACUGAUAUUUCUUCUGUAUCUCUAAAUAGUCCCCGGGCGUGCAGUCCAUCAGACCACUUACACAAAUAUCAACAGCAACAGAAGCAGCAGCAGCAGAAGGAGCUGCCACUACAGUCAUCCUGUCAGCUGAAUGGCAGCACACCCUCUCCUGUCGGCAGGCUGUCUUCGCGGUUGUUUUCUUCUCCCAGCUCGUCCAGUCCUGUUGCGAGCAGCGAUGGGAUGAUGGCUGCCGCGAACCAGGAGGAUGAGAUGUCGCUACAGGCAGACGACGUGACUUCACACUGUCCACACUCUCAGGCUGCAACCAGUGCAAGACCAGUGUCGGUGGUGUUACCGCUUGUGGCAUGUGGACUAGCUGAAACGCAGCAGGAAGAAGAAGAAUGUAUUGGAGAUGUUGUGUUUGCUGAUGAUGAUGACAACAUGAGCAUCUCCAGUGACUCCAGCAGCCACAGUCAUUGUUUUUAUGAGUCGCACAGUAUUGUCAACGACUCUGACAGCAUUGUCUCAAAUAACACCAUACCUACUAGCCCUGUUGAUACAAGUCCAUCCCGUGAGGCUGCAGUGGUAAACGACACAAUAUCUGCAACUCGUUGCAGCACAGAUGCUGAUGAGCGUGUAGAGUGUAGUGAAGGUGACGAUGUGUCCAUAGCUUCUCAUCGGAGUAAAGAGUGUAGUGUGGAUGCUAUUGUUCAGGGCGCAGUGUGUAGUGCCGAUGACGAUCUAUCCACAUCUGGCGCUGGUGAAGUGGAUGUCUGUAGGGAAACUGCUCACAGUCCCACUGGAACAUCUGUUAUGUGUGUGCAAGUCCAAGACAGCACCAAGUCAGUACUUGUUGACACUGAUGUUAGUCCACAGCCCAAUGCAACCAUGUCAUCACUAGCAACUGCAGCCAUUCCGAGUUCUGAACAUGCGAUAUCGACUUGGAGUAGUAGCAGGAAUUCACCAGUAGCGCAGUGCAGUGGGUCAAGCGAGCGACAACACACUGAUACUACUAUCGUUACCGAUGGUGAUGAUACAGUGGGUGGUAUUCCAUGUGCCACUGAUACUACUAUCGUUACCGCUGGCGAUGAUGCAGUGGGUGGUAUUCCAUGUGCCACUGAUACUACUCUCGUUACCGAUGGUGAUGAUGCGGUGGGUGGUAUUCCAUGUGCCACUGAUGCCACUGCCAUCACCGAUGGUGACCAUGCAGUGGCUGGUGUUUCAUGUACUGCGCCAUCUGACCCACAGCUCUCCAGCAUGGACUCCAAGCCUGGCGGUGAUACAUGCAUCGCAGAUGGAUCAGCAGCGGACAAAAUCUCCAUGCUUUGUGAUGCAAGCAGCCAGUUUCCAUCUCCGCACGAUAGAUCAAACAUAUGCUCCGAGACUGCGUCGACUGACAAUAGGAGUGACAUUGACGACAGUGUGGAGGGUGUACACCAUCGUGGCAUGAGUUUGGAAAAUGGCAGCCCAUGUGUCUUUUCUCACUCUCAAGAAGAUGUGCUGUACGAAUCAGACGCCCCUGUUUCAGUUAGCCAGCAAGGAUCAGUGGAAGGAGACAUGGAAAGUGCUGGCGAUGCAAUGGAAUCACGCCCAUGUGCGUUUGACGAACCAUGUGAUGCUGGCAGCGGCGAGCUACACGUAAAAUCACCUCAAACCCAGGAUGCUAGCCCUGCUGCACUGGCCAAUAGUGAUAGCGGCCUUGAUGGUGAUGACGAAUAUCAUGAUGACGAUGUUGAGACGGUGGAAGCGAAUGAUCGUGUUGCAAGGGUAGAUAGUGGCAUUGCUAUGCAGGUGAUCACAAAUGUCUCAGCUAUGGAGAAAUUGGGUGAGCCAGUGGAAGCUAUGGUUGAAGCAAUGCAUGAAGAUGCCUCUGACGAUGAUAUGUGCAUAGAGAAUUUCCCCAUUGAUGCGAGAACAUCUACAGAGCACUCGCCAAGUGUGGUUAGAACUGCAGAAGACGACGGCACAUCCAACAUGAUGACAGCUACCCACGGGUCACCUGACAGUAUGCAUGCAACAACACCACCCCAUGCUGAGAAUGCUAUUGCAGGCGAUAGCAGCAGAGAGCCUGAGCUCGAGGAGUCUCCUUGCAGGAUACAUGCGUGUGCUGAUGGCACAGCACUGACAGAAGUGGAAUGUGAAGACAUGGACGUGACCACUGCGCUCACACAAGUUAUGGAAACGACCAGUGAGCAUCAACUAAUGGAUAUCAAUCAAGAAAGUGUGGUUGAAGAUGUUGUGCCAAAUACUCCUGUGCAGGCUGUUGAAGCAUGCCAUCCUGCCGAGUCAAGCUAUGGUGCCACAGUGUCCAAAGAAUUAAACCCUGACUUAGAUCAGAUCAAGUCACCACUAGCUGCCAGCGAACCUGGAGACAGUCAUUCUGCGCCCGUAGUUGAUGAUGAUGAGCACCGUGGUCAGUGUGAUAGCAGCAGUACGUGUAACAGCAGCAGCAGUACGUGUAACAGCAGCAGCAGUACGUGUAACAGCAGCAGCAGUACGUGUAACAGCAGCAGCAGCAGUACGUGUAACAGCAGCAGUAGUAGCAGUAGUAGUGGUAGCAGUAGUACGUGCAGCAGUCAGACCGGUAGCUGUCAUGUUUCUGAUACGGAAGAGACCGUCAAGGUCAAAGAUUACCGUGUUGUGAUUGAAGAGUAUGACACUGCCAUACAGAAGUUGAACGACACUAUCCGAGAGCUGAGAGAAGCUAUUGGUGAACCCAGCGAGUUUUACUCCCAGUUGGAAAUCCCCGUUGACCAGCACGACGCGAGGAAUAGCAGCGAUGUUGUCUGUGACAAGUCUAGCUGCCCACUAGCCAACACUGUAAGUAAGAUGAAUGAGUCUGCAACGUCACGCCAGCAGGAUGAUCCGGUGGUGACGCGAGAAGACAGCGGCGCUGCAACUUCUGAUGCCGAAGAUAGCAACACAAGGUUCAAGAAUCUAAAAGUAACCAGCAGUGGUGUUGUCAGAGAGCUUGCGGAAGAGAUCUUAGAAUCCAGCACCGCAGUAGCGUCGCCGUCAGACGGCAAUGCAUCACCAGCAGCAGCAUGUUCUGAAUCUAGAUGUAGCGACGGUGGUGUGGGCUCUAGAUGUAGCGGUGAUGGUGGUGUGGGCUCGUUCGAGCAUAUCAGCCUAAGUACUAGCAAUGUGAUUGUGCUGCCGUUUGGGUUUGCUAAAACUGUCUUUGCCGACAUGAGCGUGGAGAGUUUUCAGUCGUCCGUUAUGAGCAACGAGGCCAUGUCGUCGCACGAGUGGCAGAUGCUGACAGCAAGCCAGAGCAUGCCUAUCUCUGCAUCAGCGAGUGAGCCCCCCACGUCGUCGGCCCUGGAUCUGGUCCAACAGGAGCACCGUGAGCAGCAGCAGCAGAAACAGCUGGACAUGGAAUGUGGCACUCUGGACGAUGCAGUGGUUAGUGGUGUCACUGGUGCUAAUCCUGGCACACUUGCGAGAUCCAGCUGCAUAGAUGCUGCCAUGGUGACGCACACUAGUUCACACGGCCAAGCCGAACCGGGUACUGUGACUGACGCCGACACAUGUGCUGGAGCGUGGAAGAGCACUGCAGAGAGUGUGGUGCCGUUGGGCAGUCCGCCUGUCUCGCCUGCGCACCAUACUCAACAUACACGAAAGUGUGAUGAUCGAGAUCCAACCUCAGCUGAAUCUGCUGCCACUAUUGGAGAAGAACGGGACCUGGAACAACUUUCUUCACGCUUGGUAGGUGAUGCGGUGCAGUCCCACUCGCCAGCACUGUCAUCAUCAACAACAGCACCGCACAACUGCCAAACAUCACACGUCCAAUCUGCACAUCUCGAAACCCAGAGUGCAGAGAGUCAACAACAAGUCCCAUCUGAACCACCUCCUCUGGUCUCAAUACCACCCAUGAUAGAUUUGUCACAGGUCACACCGUCUCCACCCUCAUCACCUGUGCCUGUGCUAACACCAGCUUUAUGCCCAGCGUCAGAACACACUCGACACAAUGCUCACCUAGAGGUUACAACACUGCCACCUGAUGCAGAGCCCUCCGAGCAGCAGGAUACAUGCCAUGACAGCGUAGUGUCUGUUGCUCGGACCAGCCUUGUGCCAGGCAUGUCACACAGAACUGGUGUUAAUGCACUGUCAACAGUGGUGGCGGUGGGUAGCAAGGAGACAGCACCACCACUACUGUCAGCCACUACCUGUGCUACUGCUCUGCCCCAGGCUACCGCGAUGGAUACCACACCGGGCAAGUUGUUUACUGCUCUGCCCCAGGCUACCGCAAUGGAUACCACACCGGGCAAGUUGUUUGAGCCUGGUCCUGCAGGUUCUGCGUUCAGCAGCGCGGGUACGGUCGCCGCCCCUGAUGCCACUGAUAGCUCGGCACUCACUCUGCAUAAGAAACACGUACCCGAAAUCAGCAAUGGAUGCAAUUUCUUCAUUCACGGCAGUGUGGCACAUCCGAUGUUCAUCAAGACGAAGGAUUAUCUCAUCUGCCAUGGCUGCACGCAGGUCAGGAAGGACAACAUUUUUCAGCUUUCACAGAGUAUCGAACGCUGUCUGGUGUUGACGCCGCAGCCCUAUCUGAACACAGCUGAUGAAAUUUCAGAGCUGUUCUUUCUGAAGAUGAAUCGACAUGUCCAAUUUGUGCACGUACCAACAGUCGAAGCUCUACGUGCUAACCACUGCCAUGAGUUGUAUCCCGCUGACACUGGCAUCGUGUUGUCCACGGCAUCCUAUCUUCUCUCGUUGCCAGCCGGUAUUGUGUCCAGGUUACUGUCAUUCAUCGACAGUAUGUCACAUAAUGGCACUUCCUGGAAGUUCAAGAUGCAACCAGCAGACUUCAGCUCUCUCUUUGAGAACCUGGUUGACAAAGAGAUGAAGGACAUCCUCUUAAAGCAUGACGGCAUCCUUUCGGAGGAUGAAGUUGUCUCCAAAGCAGACGGUGGCUCAGACACGACAGACUGGCUAGGCACAAUGUCCCGUCUUCAGCGAAAACACAUGCAGACGCACCGCCACUUCAUCCUCUUGGACGACAUGGAUGAGGAGGACAGUUGGCCGUUUAUUGGCAAAGGGAUGGGUGUGUAUAGUCUGGCGGAGUUCCUCUCAAAAUUUGCUGCUACUGCUACCAUUCCUGACGUGCAGCACAGUACCAGAGAAACUACAGAACGGCAUCUAGUCUUGCCAUGCGCUGUGACAGUAGAAGCAGCAUCAGCAAUUGCCACCGCUGAAGGAAGCGCAUGCACAUUGCUAGAGUAUAGUGAAAAGCAAGCAGCACGUGCGUUACAGCAACUUCAGUCAUCCGCCUUGACGAAUGACGUCACUCCAUCUGUUGCUGGGCCGAAGGAGCAUAUGCUGCAGGCAUGUGCCACCACUGCUAGUCUGCAUGUGCCAAGUCAAGAGCAGGAGGAGGAGGAGUACAUAGCUUCCACUAACCUGGCAACAUUGGCUGAUCUGGCACUGAACCAAGUUGGUUCAUAUGCUAGCCCACCAUAGACGCACUGGGCAGUACGGUGUCGGCACAUCGGCGCUGCAGCGUCUACCCACUUGCACAACCAGCACAAGGCCAGAAUUACACCUCUGUGGGUGUUAGGUAUGAUAGUAGCAGUGACCAGCACAUUGCUACUGCGCUUCUCUCCAGACAGGAAGAAAACUGACUGACUUUCCAACUGGCUACUUUUUGCUUCGAGAAGUACCCACUUCUGAAGACAACGACUAGAUGCGAUUAAUGUUGACCUUCUACGGCUCCUGCUUGUUGUGUCUGCCAACCACUCAUGCAUUUGACAACAACAACAACAACAACAACAACAACACCUGGUGUGAAACUACGAUAACGUACAGAGCACCGACGAUGCAAGGCAUUAGAGCCGUAUAGCACACACUAAGCUAAAGACAAGCAGUACACCAGCGGGUGUGUAGUAUACAUGCUGCCGUGCACACGCAGGUUCGUUAGUACGGAUGGCAUGCAACAGCUCGUCUUGCUUUCUCUCACAUACGUCCCCGGUCCCCAUUCGUAAAAGCUUUGUUGUUUUUUUUUGAAUUUGAAUUCUUUAUUCUCACGUUGUUGAAGUUGACUUUGAUUUCAUGUCUGAAACUGUCCUAUUUCCUAUCAUUACUUGACAGUUUUGCUGCUAAUUGAAGUUACAUUUUUUAAUGUUUGAAAAUUUUUGCUUGCUGAAAACAAUUGCUAUUUUUACUUGGAGGAAACCAUUCCAGCACAGCUUGCGUGAAGUGUUUCCUGUGCCCUUGUGUUCAUGUAAUUACAUGGCCAACCUUUGUCCUUUUACCUACUUCUGCUGUUUUAUUUUAUUUUUACUUUUUACUUUUUUUCUCAGUCAUUGUCACUGACCCACAAUUGAACUGUUCUUAUUUCACAGCCAUGCUGUGCAAGUAUGGUUGGAGAA